CUAGAUCCUGCCUCUGGGGACUGCUGGGCUUGCAAGCCUCAGACUGACCUAAACGAUGUUUUCUUCCGCGAAACCAUAUGAGAACCAAAGGUAUCAAGCCCUGAGGCAAGAUUGUCUGAAGAGGAAAGUGCUCUUUGAGGACCCUACCUUCCCAGCCAAUGAUGAAUCCCUCUAUUACUCAGGUACCCAGCGGCAAGAUGUCCAGUGGAGACGACCUAAGGACAUCUGUGAGGACCCUCACCUCUUUGUGGAUGGCAUCAGUUCUCAUGACUUGCACCAGGGCCAGGUGGGAAACUGCUGGUUUGUGGCUGCCUGCUCAUCUCUGACUACCCGGGAUUCCUUGUGGCAGAAGGUUAUCCCCAACUGGAAGGAGCAGGAAUGGGACCCUGAUAACCCUCAAAAGUAUACGGGCAUUUUCCAUUUCCAUUUUUGGCACUUUGGAGAGUGGAUUGAUGUAGUCAUUGAUGACCGACUGCCAACAAUCUAUAAUCAGCUCAUCUACUGCCAUUCCAAUGUGAAGAAUGAGUUCUGGUGUGCUCUGAUUGAGAAAGCUUAUGCCAAGCUGUUAGGAUGUUAUGAAGCUUUAGAUGGAGGUAACACCGCGGAUGCCUUGGUGGAUUUCACAGGGGGCAUCUCAGAGCCCAUUGACCUGACUAUCGAGGAUUAUGCCAAUGAUGAGACAUUGCGGAACCAGCUCUUUGAGCGAGUGCUGAAGGUCUUCUCUCGUGGUGGCCUCAUCAGUGCAUCUAUUAAGGCGAUGACGGACUCUGACAUGGAGGCCCGGCUGGAUUGUGGACUGGUGAAAGGUCAUGCCUACGCCAUCACAGAUGUGAGAAAGAUUCGUCUGGGCCAUGGCCUGCUGUCUUACUUUACAUCAGAGAAACUAGACAUGAUCCGAUUGCGAAAUCCCUGGGGGGAGAAGGAGUGGAGUGGUCCCUGGAGUGACACUUCAGAGGAAUGGCAGAAAGUCAGCAAGAGUGAGAGGGUCAAGAUGGGGGUGACUGUGAAGGAUGAUGGCGAAUUCUGGAUGACUUUUCAAGACCUCUGCCGAUAUUUCACCGACCUCAUCAAGUGUCUUGUCGUCAACACAUCCUACCUGAGCAUCCACAAGACCUGGGAGGAGGCAAAGAUCCGAGGGGAGUGGAAAUUCCAUGAGAAUCCCCUGAAGAACCGCACUGGGGGCUGUACCAACCACAAGGAAACUUUCUUCCAGAACCCCCAGUAUGUGUUCAAUGUGAAGAAGCCGGGGGGUGAAGUGCUUAUCUUCCUGCAGCAGAAAACAAAGCGGACCACCCGAAGGCAGGGCAAAGCCGAGAACCUGGCCAUUGGCUUUGACAUCUUCAAGGUAGAGGCGAACCGAAAGUACCGCAUGCACACUCUCCAGGAGAAGACAGCUGGCUCCAUCUAUAUCAACUCACGCAGUGUCUUCCUGCGGACAGAACAGAAAGAGGGACGAUACAUCAUCAUCCCCACCACCUUUGAGCCAGACCAGCCAUGUGAAUUCCUCCUCAGGAUCUUCACAGACGUGCCUGCCUCCUGCCAUGAAUUGGUCUUGGAUCUCCCCCGCUAUCGGUGCUGGAACAGAAUAAUUGGUUACCCUAGUGUGGUCUCCCAAGUCUAUAUCUUGAAGGCUGAAGGGCUGAAAGAUCCCCUUGCAGGAGCAACUAACUCCUACGUCAUCAUAAAGUGUGAAGGAGAGACCGUCCGAUCGCAAGUGCAUAGGAGUACCAACAUCCCAGAGUACAAUAUAAAGGGCAUCUUCUAUCGUAAGAAGCCAGAGCAGCCCAUCUUAGUCCAGAUUUGGGACCGUAAAUGCUUGUCAGAUCAGUUCCUGGGGCAGGUGACCUUGAAGGGGGAACCUGAAGACGUCCAAACAUCACAUAUCCUGCAUCUACAAGAUAAAGGCAACGGGAAUUCCAAUGACCUUCCUGGCACCAUCACCCUCCAGGUCUACAGCAGUGCUGUCCUUACACACCUCUAG